AUGCGUGUCCCCCUUUCCUGGAGUUAUACCCGGAUUCUGGCAGCAGAAAACAACACCCACAUGUCAGAAUUUCUCCUCCUGGGACUUUCUCAGGAGCCGGAAGUCCAGCCCCUCAUCUAUGUGAUCUUCCUGUCCAUGUACCUGACCACAGUCUUAGGGAACCUGCUCAUCAUCCUGGCCGCCAGCUCAGACCCCCGCCUCCACACGCCCAUGUACUUCUUCCUCUGCAACCUGUCUCUGGUGGACAUCUGCUUCACCUCCACCACCGUCCCCAAGAUGCUGGUGAACAUCCAGACACAAAGGAAAACCAUCAGCUAUGAAGGCUGCAUCACCCAGAUAUUCUUUUACAUCCUCUUCAUAAGUCUCGACGACUUCCUCUUGACCGUCAUGGCUUAUGACCGCUAUGUGGCCAUCUGUCACCCCCUGCACUACAUGGUCAUCAUGAAUCCCCGCCUCUGUGGACUGCUGGUGCUGGGGUGCUGGGUGCUGAGUCUCUUGAAUUCUUCCAUAGAAGCCUCAGUGUCCUUACGACUGUCCUUCUGCCCUGACGUGGAGAUCCCUCACUAUUUCUGUGAACUCACCCAGCUGAUAAAACUUGCUUGUUCAGACACUUUCCUGAAUAACCUGGUCAUUUACUGUCUGUCUGUCCUGGAGGGUGGGGGUCCUAUACUCGGAAUUAUUUACUCUUACUCCAAGAUCAUUUCCUCCAUCCGUGGCAUGGCUUCCACUCAGGGCAGGUACAAGGCCUUUUCCACCUGUGCCUCCCACCUCUCCGUGGUCUCCUUGUUCUAUGUCACAAGCAUGGGGGUAUACCUGAGCUCCGCGGUGAGUGAAAGUGCAUAUCCAAGUGCCGUGGCCUCGGUACUGUACAUGGUAGUCACCCCCAUGCUGAACCCCUUCAUCUACAGCCUCCGGAACAAGGACAUCAAGAGGGCCCUGAGAACAUUUUUUGUGCAGGGAACUGCAAAACGUUCAAUUGUCCUUCACUGA